UAGACUACCAGUGUAGAUAAGCAACUGGUGAGCCACCCUGCUAAAGCCCAGUGUACCAAAACCUGUCUCCAUGGCCCUAGCCAUUGCUUCCACCGCACUGUCAAGCCUUCCAACAAGAGAAAUACCCAGAAAAUCUUUUCCGGGAAAACUCACAACAUGCUUACCAGGAAGCACUCGUUUGAAUGCAACAAAAGGAGGGGUCUCAAGUGUUUGUGAACCACUUCCUCCUGAUAGACCCCUGUGGUUCCCUGGAAGUUCACCUCCUGAGUGGCUUGAUGGCAGUCUUCCUGGAGAUUUUGGCUUCGAUCCACUUGGAUUAGGAUCCGAUCCAGAGUCACUUCGAUGGUUUGCACAAGCUGAGCUAAUGCACGGCAGAUGGGCAAUGCUGGCUGUUGCCGGAAUUCUUAUUCCAGAAUGGCUCGAAAGCCUUGGCUUCAUUGAGAACUUCUCUUGGUAUGAUGCUGGUGCUCGGGAAUACUUUGCAGAUCCAACAACUUUAUUUUUGGUGCAGUUGGCCUUGAUGGGUUGGGUUGAGGGCAGAAGAUGGGCUGAUAUGAUCAAUCCAGGGUGUGUUGACAUUGAACCUACACUCCCAAAUAAGAAGAAACCAAAGCCUGAUGUCGGUUACCCAGGUGGAUUAUGGUUCGAUCCCAUGAUGUGGGGGAGAGGGUCUCCGGAGCCAGUGAUGGUGUUGAGGACCAAGGAGAUCAAGAAUGGUCGACUUGCUAUGCUAGCUUUUGUGGGUUUCUGUUUCCAAGCCAUUUACACUGGACAAGGUCCUAUUGAGAACUUGAUGGCUCACAUUGCAGAUCCUGGGCACUGCAACAUUUUUUCGGCUUUCACAUCACAGUGAUGUUGUGGACUAGAGUACUGGUUGAGGGAAGAUGUUGAAAAUGUGAUGAAGCCAGAGGCAGAUCUUCCGAUUUUUCUUUUGGUAUGUAAAUCAUGAAUAUUGUUUUGUUGUUGAAGCGAAGCAAAUGUACAUAUCAACAAGUAAAAAAAUAGUUCAUUUUGCUAUUUUGGCCCA